CUACUUGCCCUCUUCCUCGAAGCUAAGGCCAUGUAAGCUGAUUACCAGAACUAAGAUACUCAUGACAGUUUCUGACAACUCCCAUACUUGAAUAGGAUGGUUCUGCCUGCAAUGGAAUGGAGGGCGAUGAAACAACCAAGGAAGAUUCUACAGAAGAGAAGCUAGAAUGUCAGAUGAAGUCCAUAUGUGCGAAGACUAAUGCACUCAAAGACUAUGCAAGCAUAGGUUGCACAGAGACCAUAACAGAUGGUAAAGGUGGUACUGAAUGUCAUGAAAAUGGAAAUAUAGAAGCUGAUAGUGUUAUUGCCAACAAAUCGACCAGUCCUGAAAAAAUUGCUGCCAAUGACCUCUUGAAUUUUGUUCUUACGAAGUCUGGACAGCAUUUAAAUGACAAAACUGAGAAUAAUAUAGAUUGCAGUAAAAGUAAACAAGAUGCUCCAAUUGCCAAUGGUGAUAUUGUUAAAAAUGGUGAUGUUGACGAUCUUGUUACAAGUCAAGUUUUAGAAGACACGUCAGAGGUUGCUUCUAAGAACUCAGACUCAUGUUUGUUGAAUGGAGUUCCUGAAACCGGUAACAAACUUGAUGAAAAUGAAAUGGUUAAUAGUGGAAAGGAAAUAGCUCUCUUUAAUGGUGAAGUUGCAGAUAAAAAUGGCUUAGAUGGUGUUGAAACCGCUGUCAAAGAACCGGAUAAAGGACAUGAAGCAACAGAAGAUAAAAGUGAACCUAAUAAAGAACAGGAAUCAACACACGCUUAUAGUGACAUUUCUCAGUUAGACACCAAAAUGGAGCUGGAUGAGUCACAAGAAUUAAGGGAAGAAUCCAUUGGGGAAUUGUCACAAGUAUCCAUUGGGGAAAUGUCACAAGAAUCUAUGGGGGAAUUGAGGGUGUCUACCUCUGAUGACACUGGGCUCACCGACUCCAAAAACAUGUCGGUUGAUGAAACAGGAUCUGAAACUGUUGUAGAAUCAUCCGAUACAAAUGUGGCAGCAAAACAUUUAACUGAAACUAGUGAUCCAGCGGAACUUGAAAUUUUUAGGGGUGUUGAAGACAAUAAAAUUGAAAAAGAAGUGGUCGAUGAGCUAACUGUUACAUGUUCGGGACCACCAUCUUUAACAAAGGAGGUGAAUAGUGAUAAUUCUGUUGUUAGUGAACUAAGAAAUACUGAAGAACAAAGUGAUGUUUCGGUACUAAAUAUUACUGGACCUAUUCCUAAUGGCAGUGUUGAAAUAAUUGGUGUGAUAGAAGACAAUAAGCACGUAAGUGAUAAAUUAAAAACCAUUGAAAGGCUUGAAAAAGAUUUGGACGUGGCAGAUGAACAAACAGGUAAAGUUAUUAAAGAUGAACAAAACUUGGUUGCAGCAUCUGAAAAGGAUGGUGAAGAAUUAGAACACAAUGAACAUAAAGAUUUACCAAAUAAUGAGAAAGAAUUAGUUACAGGGAAAGUUGAGAAAGAAAAUCAGUUAGUUAAUAAUAAGGACGAUAUGAAAUUAUUACAAGACGAAAUGGUGAAAGAGCAAAGGAAAGACGAUAAAGAUGUGAUAGAACAAGAUGAAAUAAUUCAAGUCAAUCAAGUGCCUGAUGGUGUAGUUGCACCAGUAAGAUCUCCUGGUAAGUUGUUAGAGAAAAGUCAGAAAUUGGAUCAGCUAUUAUCUAAAAUAACUAACAAAGCUGAGUUGGAUAGUCAAAAGCCAAAACCUGCAGCACCAAAACAAGGGAAAGCAAGAAAAUCUUGUGUGUCUGGUAACAAUAUGUCUGUGAUGCCAGAUUUAAAACCCAAACCAACUGCUCAAUCUCUCACCUCUUUGACAUUUAAUGUGAAAGAAUUAGAAAAACAAGGUGUCUUAGAUAUUCCAAAAGCAUCUAAAAGAAAGGCCUUUGAUCCAGUUAAAAUUCCGUCCCCUGAACAACUAAUAAAACCAAACCAAUCCCCAGUUCACUCACCGAAAUCAAAAUCCCCUGGCAAAUCUAAGAAUCCCUUAAAAAGAAAAAUAAAGCGAAAAAAAGGAAGGAAAAUGGGUGCUUAUAAACUUCCUGGGGAACUAAAAAUGAUGAAGAAAGGAAGAAAAAAGGAAUCUGAAGAAAGACAGGUAGAGAAUGAAAUAGAAAAUGCUUCUAAAUCUUCAACUGGUGGUAUCGAUUCUGAAAGAAGCACAAAUGGUACCCAUAGUGAUUUGCUUCAAAACAAAUCCAAUGUCUCAAAUGAUAAAACACAAAGUGGCUUUAUGCAGACGCAGACGCAAUCAGCUGUGAUAUCAUACACCACUUCUCCUGAUGUUACAACACCAGGCAGUGGUGGUGUCCUUGCCUCACAACAGAUCAACGCGCUAGACAUGCUAACCAAGAAUUACAAACGAUCAUUUAGCGCCGCUCAAUCGUCCUCAAAGAAAGCAAGGAAAACUGUGCGCCAAGGGAUUGAUCCAAACACGCAUCGCACGCUAGACUCUUUCCUGAAGGCUGGCAGUCACACGCAGAUCGUCUCUAGUGGGCGAAAGGUGAGGCAGGUGUCUGAUAAGGUUCGGCAAGAGAGAGCAGAGAGUCAACAAGACGGGUCAGAAUCAACCAACAUUGGGGAACACAGAAAGAGGAAGGCCUCAGGCCCAAUGAAGAUCCUGCAAAUGUCUGAUUCUGACAGUGUCAAGAUGACCCAAGAAGGCAAGAAACCACGGCUGGAAACCAACGGCUCCCCAUCCAUCAGCGCCUCUAGACCGCUAGACGGCUUCCGCUCACCACCUGUGUGCAGCACACCUAUGAAAUCCCAGGGGCAGACGCAGGUGAUAACUCUGGUUCCCACCGGAAGUCCCUCGGUCCCUGCUCAUUCUCUGAUUCAGUCAUCCAUGUCUGGGGCCACACCCAUCAUCCUGGCCCCUACCUCCAGUGCCGGGCCCCAGGCGAUCAUCCACAGUGGCACCUUCAACGGGAUGCCCAUGUUCCAGAUCUUCAAUUCCCCACCCAACUCGUCCUCUCAAGGUGCUCAGUUUGUGGCCAUUGCUCAGUCGCAGGGGAUGCCAAUCCUAACCAGCGCGUCACCCAAAAUGACAACUAUUUUGCAGCCACAAAAGGGCAUGCCUGUUCUUCUGGCGCCAAUCCAAUUUUCCACUGCCAUGCAGAAUGCUUCAAACACUGCCAAUAAAUCACUCGUGUUUACCUCGACAAACCUGGUUUCAUCAAUACCAACCCCUGUCAUGGGUAACCAGAACAUUGUGUUCACCACGUCAGCCUCACAUUCCAGCCCUCAGAAGCAGCAGUCAGUAUUAAAGCACACCUUGACAGCAGGUGGUGCCUAUAGGCUGCCAAAUGGUCAUGUGAUGGACGGGCGUAUUGUGGAUGGCAAGAUUGUAGCCAACGGGUUGUAUCCGGUCACACCUCCCAGAACACCCCCGGAGCAGAAGUCUGUUGCCGAGGACCAGCGAUCUGAAAGUGAAACACAAAGUGAAAUAGAGGUGACUGCAGGGGGCAGUGCCCCGCCUGACAAGGACGUGGUACCGUUGUGUACAUGUAAGAUCAGUGGGGCAAGUUUCCAGAAAAUGGCCUCCAGCGUCACCUUCUGUCAGGCCCUGGACUCAGUUGAUGGAAAGGUAUUGGGCUGCUGUAAUCGAGUGACCAACCCGCAGCUUGUGCGUCCUGCUGUCAAGAUUCCCUUCCUGGCGGUGUGCGAGGCCCAUCGGAGAAGACUGCGCUCACAUCAGUGCUGUCCGGGCUGUGGACAUUUCUGUACACAGGGCCGGUUCCUGCGUUGUUCCAAGGAGCACAGUAACUUUGUGCACCACUUCCAUGAGCAGUGCCAGGUUACCCGUGGCGACGGCAGGAACCUGUGUCCCCACUGUGGGGAGGCCUCGUCACAGUACGAGGUCCAGCUCACCAUGCCCGAGCUCACCAAGGGGGCUCUGGGGACCAAGGAGGUCAAGGCUAAACCUCAUGUGAAGGCCCGUCUUGGGCUGGUAGACCGGCGCAGUGUGAGUGUAGAGAAGGAGACAGGGGAGGCAACCUCUGUCACUGUCGUACUGGAGAAAACCAAAAAGACGCUCUCCACAGGUGACCUUCCUAUUGGACCUGACAGGUACUCUCUAGAGAAGACUCUGUCCACGCUAACUCUAGAAAGGCCUAAGAAGUUCCGCCACCUUCCCAAGUGCCUGUACACUCCUGCCUAUGACAAUGACCUUGAGAGGGUCAUAUACAUGCUCGAGGAUGGCCAUGACCCCAAUGAGUGCUACGAGGAUAUUGAGGGUCAGAGUGCUCUUCAUGCGGCCGCAGCGGUUGGCAGUCUGGCCAUUGUACACGCUCUUGUACAGUCAGGGGCCUCUCCUCAUCUGAAGGACAAGUCCCUGAGGACACCCCUCAUGUUUGCUGCGGAGAACAACCACGCUGAUGUUGUCACCUACCUAGUCAAGGCCAACACCACCAUUGAUGCCAAAGCAGAUGAUGGUAUGACUGCCCUGCACUACGCAGCCAAGGCCGGGCACCUGAACAUGAUUAGCCUCCUGCUGGACACUGACCGCCUGGACAUUGACGUCACGGAUGACGGGGGCUGGACUCCACUGAUUUGGGCUGCGGAACACAUGCAGAUGGAGGCCGUCAAACUGCUGCUCAAGAGGAAGGCUGACCCCAACCUCCGGGACAAUGAGGAGAACACAACGAUGCACUGGGCGGCCUACAGUGGCAGUGUGUCCAUCAUAGAACAGCUGUUGAUGGCCGGAUGUGACCUGGACAGCCUCAACAUGCAUGGAGACAGACCAUUGCAUAUAGCUGCCCGGCAGGAUCAUUACGAGUGUGUUGUACUGUUUCUAGCACGAGGGGCUGAUGUCGAAGCCAAGAAUAAUAAAGGGGAAACACCUUUAGAAUGCUGCCUGGACCAGAACUCCCCGGUGUACCUGGCACUGAAGGUGAACAAGCAGCUCAAGAGCUUCGGGGCCAAGCACAUGCGCAAACCUGAGAGGCUGCUUCAUAGGGACCUAUCCAAGGGCCGUGAGAACAUCCCGAUCCCGUGCGUGAACGGCGUAGAUGAGGAGGGAAUCCCAACGGACUACCUGUAUGUGACAGACAACAUAGAGACCACAUGCCUCAAGAUCAACCGAGUGAUAGGCAGCCUGCAGACCUGUCAGUGCAAGGAUGACUGCUCCUCCAUAUACUGUGCAUGUGGCAAGAACAGCCUUCGCUGCUGGUAUGAUAAGUAUGGCAGGCUGGUUCCAGAGUUCAACAUGGCAGAGCCACCUCUGAUAUUUGAGUGCAAUCGAGCGUGUGAGUGCUGGACCACGUGUAACAACAGAGUUGUACAGAAUGGGGUCAUGUCGCGUUUGCAAGUAUUUAAGACAGAAGGUCGGGGCUGGGGCUGUAAAACAUUGGUAGACAUUCCACGGGGCACAUUCAUUUGCGAGUACAUAGGAGAACAUAUAUCAGACUCGGAGGCAGACAGAAGGGAGGAUGACUCCUACUUGUUUGACCUGGACAACAGGGAUGGUGAGACGUACUGCAUUGAUGCGCGCAAGUUUGGCAACGUUGCCCGGUUCAUCAACCACCUGUGUCAGCCCAACCUCGUACCGGUGAAGGUGUUUGUGGACUCUCAGGACCUCCGUUUUCCCCGGAUCUGUCUGUUUGCGUCCCGGACCAUCACGGCACAAGAGGAGCUUGGGUUUGACUAUGGAGAGAAGUUCUGGAUCAUCAAAUGGAAGCAGUUCACAUGCACCUGUGGCUCCACCAAGUGUCGCUACUCCAAAGAAACCAUUCAGCAAACCCUGGCAGAGUAUCGCCUGAAACACGAACUGGAGGACCAAGUAGACUAGUGCACUGUUCCAUUUAGCUCACCUGAGCACGAAGCUCUCUAGGCGAGCUAUUGUCAUCACCUCAUCGCUCUAGAGGCUUCAUUUUUAUGCCCUCAAAGGAGGGCAUAUAGUGAUCACACUGUCUGUCUGUCUGUCCGUCACACUUUGAGUUUUGGUUUCGAUAAAUGCUCAUAACUUCUAUGUCGCUUCAGAUGUAACCUUCAUAUUUGGUAUGCAUGUGUAUAUGGUCAAGGCCUUUCCAUUCCAUUUUGACCCAUUUGACCUUGAACUUAGGGUCCGAGUUUAAGUUUGGAAAUCUACGUUUAUGUUUCGGAAAAUGCUUAUAACUUAUAUCAAAGCGUUUUUUUAGGGGCAUAUGUCAUCCUAUGGAGACAGCUCUUGUUCAUCCAAUCUUUAUGAAACUUGGUCAGAAUGAAUAUCUUGCCAUGUUCUAGGUUGGGCUGUAAUAUGGGUCACAUGUGUCCAAAACUAGGUCUUCAGGUCAUAUCUUUAAAAUAAAGACUUGUAACCACUCUCUUAAAGGUCAAAUUUAUGACUCAAUCUUGAUGAAAUUGAUCAGAAUUUUUAUCUUGACAAAAUCUUAGUUUGAAACUUGGUCACGUGUCCAAAAAAAGGUCACAAGGCCAUAUCUAAGAAAAAAAUUCAAGGGGCCACAUUUAUGACUCAAUCUUGAUAAAACUUGGUCCGAAUGUUUAUUAAGACAACAUCAAAGUCAAGUUCAAAUCUGGGUAAGAUCAUCAAAAAGCUUGGUCAUUUGGUCAAAUCUGAGAAAAUCUUGUGACAACUGUAGAAAAAAACAUGUAUGAAAUGAUCUUGAUAAAACUAGGUAAAAAUAUAAAUCUUGACAUUUUUUAGGCUGUGUUUGAAUCUUUGUAAUGCGCAUCCAAAAGCAAGGUCAAAUCUGCUCAAAACCUUGUUGCAACUCUAGAGGCCUAUUAUUAUCAUUGUCCCCUACUGGUUUCACUGGAGGGGGCUUACGGUUUGUGCUGUGUGCGUCUGUGAGUGUGUCUGUCUGUCACACUUUUCUGGAUCCUGCGAUAUCAUUAAAAGUUCUUAAUAUUUUUUCAUGAAACUUAAAAACAUGGUCAGAUGGCAAUAUGGAGAUUAUGCACGUCUUUUUAUUUUGUUCCUACAUCAAGAACUCUGGUUGCUAUGGCAAAAAAUAUAAAAAUAUUCUUACAAUGGUGGAGCUGGUAGGGGACAUAUUGCUUGGCAAAAGUCUUGUUCAAUCUUGAUUAAACUUGUUCAGAAUGUUUUUAUCUUGGCAAUACAAAGGCUGUAUGAUAAUCUGGGUCACAUGCAUUAAAAGCUAGGUCACUUGGGCUUAUCUUAGAAAAACUUAGUCACCUCUCUAGAGACCACAUUUAUGACUGAUUGUUUAUGAAACUUGGUUUGAAUGUUUAUCUUUCCAAUACAGUGGCCAAGUUGGAACCCGGGUCACUUGCGUCUACAGACAAGGUCAACAGGUGUAAUCAUUUAAAAAAUCUUACCACCCUAGAGACUACAUUUAUUACUCAAUCUGGAUGAAACGUGAUCAGAAUGAUUUUCUUUUCAAUAUUUAGCAAAAAUUGAAUCUGGGUUAGAUGUGUCUAAACAUUAGGACAAACCAGGAAAAAACUUUCUACAACUUUUUGGACACACUUUUUAAUCAGUCUAGAUGAACUUAGUCAAAAUAUUUAUCUUGUCAAUAUGAUGUUUGAAUCUGGGUCAAGAGUGGUCAAGAACUAUGUUCACCUUGUCAAGACUUCAGCAAUUUGUGUCUGUGAGCCCGGGUGAGCAAUUUAUAGAAUGUGAAACUAGUUUGAUGGACCAAUUUUGUUCUGCAGUUAAAGUGAACAUAAAGCCGUUAUUUUCUUGCUUUUUCUGAUUCAUAAACUAGUUUAAUUCUUAUAAUCAUUAAUUUGACAAGUCUUUAUGAUUUGUUAGUUGUUCACUUUUAAAGGUUUGGAAAGACUUUUCCCAGUUCUGAGAAAUCAUCAUUAUGCUUAUUUGCAACCAUGCAUUUAGACGGGGGUCAGCAUGAAAAUGUAGUGUUUUUGUUCCCAAUACAUCCACAGUUUCACCACUGAAUAUUGAAUGUUGCCAAUAAAUUCAUAAAUUGGUACCAUAGGCUUGCCUGUAAUCAAAAUUGGUGUACUUCUUCUAGUCUCUCAUACAUUUAUAAGUAAUUCGGAAAACACUAUUAUUAUUUUAUUGCGCUUGUCUUUCGAUUUCAAAUGUCUGUUUGCUGAAUGCAUGUAGCUAUUAUACUUAUGAUUGAUAUGGGAAAUGAACCUUUGUAGACAUAACUGAGCCUUAUACUGGGACAACUUUGCUUAAUUCAUGUGUAUACUGUUUUGUCCCAGAUAAGCCAUUUGAGUCUGCCCAGCCUUAUCAGGGAGGACACUGUCCGCUUUAAUGUCAAUUUUUAUUUACAUGAAGUCCUGUCUUAGUGAAAAUCGAGUUAAAGCGUAUUGCACAGGCUAAUCUGGGAUAACACUGCACACAUUCAUUUAGCCCAGUGUUCCCAGAACGUGCUUCAAAGUUCUGAUAAUUAGGGGUUUAUUUUUGGACGUAUAAGCAGUGAUGCACUGUGAUAUGUAUGUGUCAUAGUCAGAAUAUGUGCUUUUCACUUGUUAAUGGUAGUUGUACAAAUGAGGAUUUGUUUACAUUGCUUGUAAAAAUUGGCUUCUGUUUUUUUUUUCUCAAAUCAUGGUAGAAUGUUACAAUGCAUCCUAUUAAUUUUGUACUAACUUCGCUCCUAUUCAAAGUACAUGUAUUUUAUUAUUUCUUUUUGAAUUUGCUUUGAAAAAAAUGUAGAAAAUAGUUUUGAUAAUUGAGUGCUCAUUCAAGAGUUAACCCAAUGGGUUUUUGUAUUUGUUUAAUUUGUUUGUGACCUAUUUGUUCAUUUGUAAAUAAUUUUGUCUGCGGGCAGUUACGCUUUAUCGGUGGAGAUGUUUUUAGUGUUUAGUAUUUUUAUAUAAAUUCAAGUUGAUAUUGUACAUGUUGGUAUCAUUACCUGUUUUGAAUGAAUUAUUUGUUGACAUAAUGGAAUGAUUUUGCAGAUGUUAUGUUCAUUGUGGAACUUGUGUUUGCUCCUUAGGGCCUGUUUUUAUUGUAUAUUAUAUGAUUAUUUGUACAGAUUGUGCAACAAACCUUCUAUCAUCAGCAUGUUGGCAAACAAGAUGACGGGAUGCAUGUAUGGCACAUGUUGUUGUUAUGUGCGAAUACAAGUUGUAACAAUUCACUAAAAAAUCAAUUACCGUAUUGUCUAAAAUAUACAUGUAUUUAAAUUCAA